AAAUUGGAACAAUUAAGAAAUGAAAUAGAUGAAAAAAUUAAGGAAUUAAGAAAUGCUGAGAAUGAAGUAGAGGGUUUAAUGAAUAUCCCAGCUUCAGAAUCAGAAGUUCAAAAAUCACAUGAGGAAAGAUAUAAAAAUUACUUUUUGGAAUCUACUAAAAAUUUAUUAGAUGGUGAUAUUGACGAAACACUUUCAGAAGAAGGCACAAAAUUUAUUCAUAAACAUAAGUUACAAUUUAUUGACGAUGGAGAUUAUCCAUGUAUAUUACUUUCACCUCCUCUUGAUUCUGAAAAAUUCAAAAAAGCACUGAAAAAUGUAACAUAUGCAACAAAUACGAUUAAGAAAGAAGACCAUGAUAUUUACACAAAUUAUUAUUUAAAUAAAUGUACAGGUGUUGAUAAAGUUUUUGAUUUGUUAGAUAAAAUAUCAAAAGAAACAAUUGGUACAUAUAAAAUUUUAUGCGAUUGUGGUUUCAUUGUUGAAGAUACCGUUGAUGUUUCAUAUGAAAGAACAGCUCCGAAGGAGGACGAAGUGGAAAGAUCUAUUCCAUUCGUUAUUAAGAACAUAAAAGAUAUGAAAACUUAUAAACAUUAUAUUUAUUCAUUUAUUUCAGAAAAAAUGGAAGCAACACAUAAAUCAUCUCGUCAUCAUUUCAUAGCUAUUCAUACAUUCCUUUUCAAAGUUGUGAAAUUAAAUAAGACAGGAAUUAGAUUUAAUGUAUCAGGUUACGCAUUCUUGAGUAAAUUAAAAUGUAUUCGUCACGUUGCAGAUGAUAAAAAUUUGUGUGUUCUUAAUUCAUUUUAUGGACUUUAG